UGACAAUACAAAUGAAUUUAUAUAAAUAUAUAACGAUGUUCCCAUCUUGAAAUUAUUAUGUAUUCUAAUGAAGAAGUAAAUAUCGAAAAUGGAAUCAGUGAUUAGAGUAUUAGGAAAAUUAUUCUAUAAUGUUAGAUCAGGUGAUGCUAAAUUACUUACAAAAGUCCUCAAAGUUGAUCAGAUAAUACCACAAAUUGAAAUAUCUAGUUCAUUAUUUAAAAAUGAUGGUUAUAUGCCAAUUGAAACAGCAGGUGUAGGAGUAGGUGAUAAUAAGUCUCCACCAUUAACUAUUCAUUUUGAAAAUGAUAUUAGAAUUAAAUCAUAUGUGAUAGUCGUUCAAGACAUUGACCCUCCCUUACCUUCACCAAUCACUCAUCUUCUUGCUUAUAAUAUUAGUCCAGAGACUACAACUUUUGAAUUAAAUGAAUUUGAUGGAAGUAAAUCUGAUAAAUUCAUAUUAGGUAUUAGUUUCAGAGGUAGAAAGGGAUACUGUGGUCCCCGUCCUGUCAUUGGUCAUGGAGAUCAUCGUUAUGUAUUUCAAGUAUAUGCAAUUAAUGAAGAUGCUACAUCAAAAUUGGAAGAUCAAAACGAGGAUCUUACUACUGAAAGACUUGUACAAAUAAUUGAAGGUAAUAUUAUAAAGUACGGAACACUUACUGGUUUAUACAAAAGAGAUUAAAUUGAAUGUAGAUCUAUAAAAGCUU